CCAGGUGCUCCGAGCAGUGGAACCUGCUGGCAGCCGCGGGCUGGAUCCAUCCUGCUGACAGGCUGGGACCUCCGUCCCUCAUCACCGCUGGGAGCCAUGACUGCCCCGGACUCCUGGGUCCCCUUCCGGCUGCCCCUCCAGCUCAGCCUCUACCUGCUGGCCAUCAUGACCUUCUCCUUCCUCAUCCACCUACGCAGCUGGUUCCCCACCGCAAGGCAGAGGCUCCCCUACCCGAUUGCCACGGACAGGUCCCCAACCACGCCCCCCACCACAACCCCCGCCACGGAGCGCGGCAUGUGGACCGUGAACUCCAUCGGGCGCCUGGGGAACCAGAUGGGGGAAUACGCCACCCUCUACGCCCUGGCCAAGAUGAACGGGCGCCAGGCCUACAUCCUCCCACAGAUGCACCAGCAGCUGGCGCCGCUCUUCCGCAUCACCCUGCCCGUGGUCUCCAGCGACGUGGUCCGGAGCGUCCCGUGGAGGAACUAUGGGCUCCACGACUGGAUGUCGGAGGAGUACAGGCACAUCGAGGGGAAAUACGUCCGGCUGACGGGCUACCCCUGCUCCUGGACCUUCUACCACCACCUCCGGCAGGAGAUCCUCCAGGAAUUCUCCUUCCACGACCACGUCAAGGAGGAGGCCAACCGGUACCUGGCCGGGCUGCGUGGGCAGCGCCGGAAUGUGACCUACGUGGGCGUCCACGUCCGGAGGGGGGACUACGUCCGGGUGAUGCCCCAGGUCUGGAAGGGGGUGGUGGCGGACAAGGCCUACCUGGAGAAGGCCAUGGGCUACUUCCGGGCCAAGUACCAGGAGCCGGUCUUCGUGGUGACCAGCAACGGGAUGGAGUGGUGCCGGGAGAACAUCAACGCCUCGCGGGGGGACGUGUAUUUCUCGGGGGACGGGAAGGAGUCGUCGCCGGGGAGGGACUUUGCUCUCUUGGCCCAUUGCAACCACACGAUCAUGACCAUCGGGACCUUCGGCAUCUGGGUCGGCUACCUGGUGGGUGGGGAGACUGUCUACUUGGCCAACUACACCCUCCCCGAUUCCCCAUUCCUCCGGGUCUUCAAGCCUGAGGCCGCCUUCCUGCCCGAGUGGAUCGGGAUCAAUGCCGAUCUCUCCCCGCUGCUGGGUAGGACAUAGGGGCAGAAAGGAUCCAGCCUGCAGGCCACCAGCAGGAUCCAGCUGGGGUA